UUCGCAUCUGUCAUGGCGGGAAUGUAGCAUUUCAAAGUGCAGUUUUUGCUCAAUCUUUCCUGCUUCUGCAUCUCACAAAAAUGUGCUCAUUAUCGUCAUUUCCUCGACCGCCGCCGAGAGGUCUCAUCACCCUGUUCGAAAAGGAUGGUGACUUGCACGAAGGAAAUGAACGUGAAUGGAAAGAACUCGCUGAACGAUUUCCAGCAUAUCCUCGUGUAUCCAUAGUCCGGGAGACCACAAGACACCCUGCUUUUGCGGAAAGUGCUGCUGGUGCCUUUCUUCAGCAACCUGAGUCCAUUUGGAAGCAAGCAUUUGUGUCAUGGCAAGAGAAAGGAUUCAUUGGCUUCUUGGAACAGUUAUCAACAUACAAUGAGUCAUCUAUUGACUUAUCUAUAGCACGAUUUGCUGCAAAAAGUAUUCUAUUCGGCACGAGAUGGUUUUACAAGCAAGGGCUGCUGUUCCCACAUUUGCUCUUGUCCAGUGAAGAUAUGUGCAAGGAGUUUUCAUUAACGUUAAACUGGGCAAGGGGCCACGUACGAGCGUUUGCCUGGCACCCGCAGUGCCCCAAGUUUGCUGUGGCAUCACACGGUGACAUGAUUCGCGUGUAUGCACCCAACAUGAGCAUUACGCCUGUGCUGAAGCACAGGUCUCAGAGGAACAUCACCGACAUGGCUUGGAAGCCUUACAGCUCUGCAGUUCUGGCUGUUGCUUGCCAAGAGGGGGUCCUUCUCUGGCAAGUGGAACCGACCUCUCUUAUAGCAAGGCCCUCUUCAGCAUAUGCAUCACUCCUCUCUCGAGAGGGGCACAACCCAGUCAGCAGCAUUGCGUGGCAUCCUAAAGGAACACUCCUAGCAUCAGCUUCUGCAGCUGACUGCUCACUUCUUAUUUGGAAUAUUGCUAUGGAAGAGUGUGUUCCAUUGACUCACAUAUCUGGUGGAGGAGUCUCUCUCAUUCGGUGGUCACCUGAUGGCUGCCGACUCCUCGCAGCGUCACCACAGAGCCUCUUCAGGGUAUGGCAUACAAACCAGUGGCAGUUUGACAAGUGGUCAACUCAACAGGGCCGCUGCCGGGCGGCCUGUUGGAGCCCCGAUGGUCGCUGGCUGCUGUGUUGCUUUUCCGACAAGCCUCACCUGUACGCGCUGAACUUCCCACCUCCAGUCACAGCCUCUGUUGACGAGGAUGAAGGCGAGUCAUCCGCUUGGUCCCCACACCCAGACGCUACCUUUGGGACAGGCCUACCUGUUGCUGACCUCACCGAGGUGGACUUACCGCUGCACUCUGGUGCUGGUGAAGGAAUUAGGGUUGGAGGACUUGUGCAGAACAUGGCUUGGGACAAACAUGGAGAGCGCUUGGCCAUUUCUUUCAGGGAUCACAGCGAGUACGUUGCUCUGUUCAGGACCAAGACAUCCCCUGUCUUUCAAAUGUUCCCAUGUGGCUUUGUAUCUGGUCCUCCUGGUGAGUCGGCUCAGCUGAUAAGCUUCUACAAUGGCUUUGAAGGUGGCUCACUGCUUACUGUGUGCUGGAGCAAUGGACUGGUGAGUCAUGUGCCACUCUGUUACUGCCCCAUCUCACCUUGCGACUCGUCAGGCACAGCAGCCAGCCUUCCCUUUACAUCGCUCAGGCCACCACAUUUGUACAGCACGUGAGCAGACAGGAGGAGCUGCUCGUGGACCAAUGACAAAUACAGCAUGCCUUAUUCAUUUGGGCUAACCACCUUCUCUUUAAAAUUGUUUAGCUUUUAUAUACAUUAUUAUCAAAUCAGUGAAUUCUGUAUACUAAAUACACUCACUUCGCUAGUGAGGGUGCUAAAUACGAAACAUAGGUUUACACAAUUUACUGAAACUGAACUCUGAUAAAGCCAAUUUCCAAGCAAAAAAAUGUUUUAAUGUUAAACAAAGUAAAUGUAACAAAAACAUAAUAAAUAUUUGUGUUGUAAGAAUGGUUUGCAAUGUGCUAUGAAUCAUAAGGUUACUGGUGUAAAUACUGGCAGAGAAGUCUGAAAGGAGAAGCAAAGUGACAAGAGGAACUGUUAUAAAAGAAAGCAAUAAAAGAAUUUCAUAAGA